UAUAAAAUCAGUCAGAGACGCGGAAGCACAAUAGCGUAAAGCACGCAGUGACGCAGCUGGGCAGAUAUGGGUGUGCAAAUAAAAGUUGAAUACUGCGGCGGAUGAGGGUACGAGCCCCGCUUUCAGGAGCUCAAGCAGGUCGUCACUGCUGAGUUCACUGAUGCGGACGUGAGUGGCUUCGUCGGCCGCCAAGGGAGCUUUGAGAUCGAGAUCAACGGACAACUGAUUUUCUCAAAGCUGGAAACCAGUGGCUUCCCUUAUGAGGAUGAUAUUAUGGAUGCUAUCCAAAGAGCUUAUGAUGGCCAGCCGGUGGAGAAGAUCACCAAGAGCCGGCCUCCUUGUGUCAUCCUCUAAAGUUUCACCACUUGACCCUUCACUUUUGGCUUUAAAAAUGUCUAAAAGGUCAAGAUUUUGAACGGUUCUGUUUACAUAACUUAAAGAUCUAGAGAAAGAGUGUAUUGAUGUAGGAUCCUUAAACGUCCCCUCCUCUUCACUCCUCCGGUCUGGUUGCUGGACGUAAAUGAUUAUCGUAACUCUAAAGUGAGCAGUUACGGUAUGAGGCCUGCAGUCCACGCAUCCUUUAAGCAGGAGGAGCAAGAUGCGGGGAUGCUAAGGAGGAGGCCAAUGGAAGGGUUAAGGUCUUUUUUUUUUGUUGAAGCCACAUUGCCUAAUUGGGUCACUUUUCGUCUGCUGAUUAUUUGUUUUGGGGGAUUUGAAGAGAAUAUACUAAUGUACUAAAACGUUUGCUGUAAGAAGGGAAUGCCUAAAGCUUGGGUCAUUAUUUUUGGGUGUGUCUGAGUAGAUAAAUUGUCAUUUUGCAAGUGUCCCUUCAUGUCCACCACCCCAUAUCAGCAUGAAGAGAUCUCAAAUAAAUGAAUUUAAUAUUGUUGUAUUUGAGUACUUGAAAUGCUUGUUUGAAGUACUGUAGAACACAUUCUAGACCAACUUCGCUUGGUGUCAAAGCUCAGGUGUUUUGCCUCUUGCAAGCAUUUUGCGCAGUAGUUUAAAUUAUUAUUAGUGUUGUAGUAUUAUACAUUUUUUCAUCAUUAAAUCAAACCAAAUAGCUGAUUUAAGGGCAUUUAUAUGACUUGCAGACACUGCCGCAUGUUGUUGUUUUUUUAGAAACUACUGAUGAUCCUGUUUAUGAAACAUCACUCAUAUAUAUGGUUAAUAAAAUAAUGAACUAUCA